AUGUCACCUUUUGCUGAUUGCUUCAUUUCUAUGACCCUUAGCAAAAGCAGCUCUGGGGAAUUGGGGACGCCUCCCCUUUCCACGGCAGCUGGGGAUGCUUUAGUGAAGGAGGGUCCAGAUCCGGGCAAUUCUAAUGAAAAUUCGGCCCAGAAACCGAAGUCUGAUCAACUUCCUCCUUCAUUUCAGCUUCUACUUCAGCAAUAUAUUCUACAAGGCAAAUUCAAUACAAACACUCAACAAAAUAUCUUCUCAAAUCCGAAUAAUACGACAAUUCGAAUUCGAAUUCCUCCUCGACUACCGAAAAAGGUAGUUUAUACUUACCAAGAAGAAGAGGAAGAAGAAACAGAAGCAAUCCAGCUUAAAAUUCCACGAAGUUCCCGUCAAAGAGUCAGUAUUUCGCCUCGAUUUAUCACUCGACCAACUACACCAAGUAAAUUCAUGCCGCCAAAGAGAGUUUUAACGCCUGACUGGGAAACAUCGCGUUCUAAACAACCUUUUAAGAACGAAACGAAAUAUUCUGACGAUAGUGAAGAAGAACCUGAGACUUUAGCUGAUUGGAAUGAACUAGAUAUGGUCGAUCAUCACAGAAAACUCGAAAUUCUUGAAAAUAGAAUCAUAUACGGCUUUGAUGACGCAUAUCAACACCCAGCGCAGUCAAUUGAUUUAAUAUACAAAGGAUUCAACGUUGUCAUGACGGAAGAAGAGCAUUUAAAAACAGAAAGAUACGACCAAGAGCGAGAACCUCAUAUUGUUCCCAGAUUUUGGGAACCAAGACCAUGGGACAAACCGGGAGACCUCUUAACAGAAUCACAGACAGAAGAACUUGAAACAAAGAUGACUAUUGCAACAUUAGCUCCACUUACGCGAUCAUCACUGAAAUCUCCAUCUUCUGUCAAGAAAAGAUUGGUUAAACGCUCUCAGAGUGUGAUGAUUGGAGCUCCUCCACGUCGCGGGAGGCCUCGGAGAAUUCAAACAGACUCAAAUUCUCUUUUAUUACCAAUUGGCACUUUUGAAACGGAUGAUGAAGACCAGUUAAGCGAAUGGGACGAUUUUAUAUGA